AUGUCCUCUACGCACUCGAAUCCAUAUAUCCACUCGACGCAGCCUGCUGUACAUGAUGCAGUGACUCGAGACUCUGAUGAGCCCAAAAGAGAUCAUUCAAAGGCCGAUGAGAUUCACCAUCUCUACUUUGAGGACAACGAUGGUUUCUUCCCGCCGGCUUGGCUGGGGAAAGAUACAAACCAGUCGGAGCGCAGAUCUUCGAAUGAUAGCACCACUAGUCAUGACCCGAGGGAUUAA